CCUAAACCAAAAACCCAAAAACCCAAAAACCUGACCGGAGCGGCUGGGCGAAGUUCUUGGAGCGUCUGCAAGCGAUUUUCGUCUUCCUUGUCGGAGCGAUCGGAUUUUGGAGGAUGGGCCAACUCAAGUGAUACAUGUGCAACUUGAUCCACCAGUACUCUAAGCAUGGAUUACUCUAAUAGACAAACGAUUCAGACAUAUUUUCAAUAGCCUAAGAAUCAUUUAUGGAAUUGAAGAGGGAGCUUUAAAAGGGCAGAAGAAAUGCCAAGUCUACAAGCAAACAGACCAAAAGAUAACUUUGAUGGCUUCAGCAAGAAAAUCUAGAAACGUGAACAAGCGCUUUAGCAAGGUUAUUGAAGAGUUGCAAGAUAAAGACGGAGGCAACCCAGGCAAAAAGAUGAAAAAGAGGAAACUGUCAGACAUGUUAGGUUCUCAAUGGGGCAGAGAUGAGCUUGAACGUUUCUAUGAAGCCUAUCGUAAACAUGGGAGAGAUUGGAGAAAGAUUGCGGUGGCAGUACGAAACAGACCUCCUGAAAUGGUGGAAGCUCUUUACAACAUGAAUAAGGCUUACUUAUCCCUUCCCGAGGGACAUGCCACUGCUGCUGGAUUAAUAGCAAUGAUGACUGAUCAUUACAAUAUUCUGGAAGGUAGUGAUAGCGAUCAAGAAAGCAAUGAUGCAUCAAGAACUUAUCGCAAGACACCAAAGCGUGGGAGAGGGAAAUUUAGGCUCAUGUCCAAAGGUUCUGAUGGGCCUUAUACUGAUUUACCGCAAUAUCAAGCAGCCUCAUCAAGUUAUGGGUGCCUGUCUCUGUUGAAAUGGAAGCGUUCUGGAGAUUUAUUUGCAGGUAGCAGGCCUCGAGCUGUUGGAAAAAGGACCCCACGCAUCCCUGUUCCAUUUUUUCUUAAAGAAGAUAGGAAUAGGAUAGUUUCACCGUGUAAACUAGGCUUGAAAUCUGAGUGUAAUACUGUGGAUGAUGAGGGUGCCCAUGUGGCUGCUCUAGCACUGGCUGAGGCUUCACAACGAGGGGGCUCACCACAGAUUUCAAGAACUCCAAGCAAAAGAUGUCACCUAACGUACUCCCCUGCUCCAAGUGGUGAAAAUAAGUUUGGGGAUUCCAAAUUCAUUAAUUGUCGAGUGGAUGAUGAUCAUCUUGAAGGCAGCUUAGGAAGCAGGGAGGCUGAGAAUGGGGAGUUCAUUAAAGAAGCAAGUAUAUCUGAAACACGCCAAAAAUCAAAGAAAGUGCAAAGGAAGAGAUCAAAGGCAGUUGAAGAUGAGCCAUUUGAUGAUGACAGGGAAGCUUGUAGUGGUACUGAGGAAGGUCUUAAUGUAAGAAAAUCCAAGGAUGACACUGAAAUAGAUAUUUCAGGUGGUAGAGUUUUGCGGCCUUCUAAAGGAUCUAAGAAGCGAAGCCGCCAACUAUUUUUUGGUGAUGAAAGCUCUGCACUGGAUGCUCUGCAGACGCUGGCUGAUCUGUCUCUGAACAUCUUAUUGCCGACUUCUACUAUUGAAUCUGAAUCUUCCAUCCAGAUUAAAGAGGAAAUUCAUACAGCUGAUUUUGAUGAGAAACCUAACAUAACCGAGUCAUUGUCAACAAAUCUUCAAAGAGAGAAAUCUAAUACUGUUGAAAGAAAAGACAAAGGACACUCCCUAGCUGUUGAUGGUGUUUCCCGCAAAGGUACCAAAUCAUCAAAAGGCUUAGCAUCUGAUCCUAAAACUUCUGAUAUGAAACAGCAAAAUAGCUCAUCCAGCACGAAGGUGCAAAAGAGAAAGCCAAAAUCAAUGAUUGAGAAGACUUCAAAAUCCCAAUUUGAAAGUGAUCCUCAAAAAAUUGAAUUUCAUAAGACAGAGAUUUUGAUGGAAGAUGAAAAGAGAUCUUUGGCUAAAGUUAAACGAGUUUGUCAAAAUUCGAUGCAACAAAAACUAGGAAAAUCUGCUAAAUUACAGGAGCGGCAUUUUACUGCCAGUGAUUUGGAAAGAGUGGUGGUAGAUCCAAAUGAGGCAGCUGUAACCGAUUCUCCCCAAAAUGAAGUAAUUAUCCCAACAAAAAGUAGGAACCGUCGUAAGAUGGAUUUGCAGAAAGCUUUAGCAAGAAAGGAAUCAAAAUCCAGUGAAAGUGGUGUAGAGGAACAUCCGGACAAAUACCCAUUCAGUAACAGACCAUAUGAACUAAAGGAAACACUUUGUCACUGCUUAUCAUCUCAACUACUACGUAGAUGGUGUAAAUUUGAAUGGUUUUACAGUGCUAUUGAUUACCCAUGGUUUGCCAAAAGUGAGUUUGUUGAGUACUUAAAUCAUGUUAGACUCGGUCACAUUCCCAGGCUUACACGUGUUGAGUGGGGGGUAAUAAGAAGUUCUCUCGGCAAACCACGCCGGUUGUCCAGCCGGUUCCUACAGCAGGAGCGGGAGAAGUUAGAACAAUAUCGGGAAUCAGUUAGAUCUCAUUAUGCUGAGGUCCGCGCUGGUGUAACUGAAGGAUUGCCUGCUGAUUUGGCUCGUCCCCUUUCAGUUGGACAGCGAGUUAUUGCCUGCCACCCAAGAAUGAGAGAAGUUCGUGAUGGGAGUAUCUUAACUGUGGAUCGUAACCGGUGCAGGGUUCAAUUUGAUAGACCUGAACUGGGAGUUGAAUUUGUAAUGGAUGUUGACUGCAUGCCAUGGAAUCCAGUGGAAAACAUUCCUGAAGCCCUGCGGAGACAGAAUCUUGUUAUCAACAAAUUCUGCAGUGGCUUUUCAGAUUUAAGGUUGGAUGAACAAAAGGAGUUCAAGACAAAAGACAGCAUGACAUUUGCUUCUACUGAGAACAUGGAGGCUGCAGAUUGUACUUCUCAUGUUGCCUCUUAUAGUUAUCCCAUGAACACCUUAAUAAAUCAGGCGAAGGGGGAUACACUUGAUGCUAUUGUACAGGCUAAAGCUGCUGUAAAUGAAGUUGCUGUUGCUGCACAGCAGGCCAUGUAUGGCCAACCUUUUACCUUGGCUCAGAUACAAGCUAGGGAAGCUGAUAUUAGAGCGCUUGCAGAUUUGUCACGCACUCUUGAUAAAAAGGAGGCGUUACUGAUAGAGCUGAGGCAAAUGAAUGAAGAAGUUUCUUCUAAACAAAAGAAUGGUGAUCAUAUCAAAGAUUUGGAAAACUUUAGAAAGCAAUAUGCUAUGGUUCUCUUACAACUUCGAGAUGUAAAUGAUCAAGUUGCUUCUGCUUUGCUGUUUCUGAGGCAGCGGAACACCUAUGAAAGAAAUUCGACUCUUGCAUGGAACAAGGCAAAUGAGACCUCUAUGCAGCAGGGCUCCUUUAAUCCCUCUGCUCUCCUUGCAAACGAUUCAGGAUCUAAUGUUGUUGAAGUUAUUCAAAGUUCUAGGCAGAAAGCAAAGACAAUGGUUGAUGUAGCUGUCCAGGUAAUGCAUGCCCUUAAAGAUGGAGAAGAUGCUUUUGUUAGAAUUGGGGAGGCUUUAGAACUUGCAAGUAAUAGAAAUUCUGGCUCGACUUCUGCUAUAGCAGCAGUUAGACAUACUUUUGCUGAUGCGGCACCUGAAAAUGCUGCACCACAUCAGGAUCACGUUUCAUCCAAGUUAGAGGCAGCCAAUAUUCAAGCUCCCAACCUAAAAUUUCAAUCUUUAACUAAUGGAACUGAAGUCCACUGUCCAUCAGAGCUAAUUUCAUCCUGUGUGGCUACUCUGUUCAUGAUACAGAGGUGCACGGAGAGGCAGUACCCCCCAGCUGAGGUUGCUCAGAUCCUUGACUCUGCUGUGGCAAGCUUGCAACCAUGCUGCCCUCAGAACCUUCCUAUUUUUAGAGAGAUAGAGACAUGUAUGGGAAUCAUCAAGAACCAAAUGCUUGCUCUUGUGCCUACUCCUAGUAACGGAAUGGUUACUUCUGAUGCGCCUAUUUUGUAGGAAAUUCAAGCUAAUAUGUUGUGUCCACUUUGUUGUUUUUGUUCAUAUUAUUUUCAAUCACACAGGCUCUUCUAAAUUAGGUUACCAGUUCAAUGUAAAAUUUAAAUUGUUCAGCUCAAUUUUUAUUUUUAUUUUUAUUCAAUGCUCAUCAGCUUUAUAUUAUGCGUAGUAUUAAUACCAUGCAAGUCGAGUCUUGAUCGAGAAAAAAUUCCAAGUAU